UACUGAUAUGAUUCGACGACGAUCGGUCAACUACGAUUAUUACAAUAUUGCCUUAAACUUAAAAUAAAAUAAUAUUGAUGAGUUUUUAUUUUAUCCAAAAAUAGGUGAAUUUCAUUUCUACUACUAAUUUGUUUCAAUAAAAACUACUUAAUUUCUUGUCAUCACGUAAUAAACGUGUACCUAGAACAUAAAUAAUAGUUGUUUUAUUCAUAAUCAGAAUCAAAUAAGUUACACCUUUGUGACAUUUGGUUUACUGUUUUACAAAGAAUGGGUUUUUCAAUGCUCAAGUGAAAUAACUAGGAAUAUUCAUUCUUCUAUUUGUAAAAUAUAUAGAUUAUUAAGUAAUUGUAAAAACAAUGGGUGGCAAAACAACUAAACUAUUUAAAAACUCAAUCCAAACGAGUUCUAAAGAUAAUAGUUCCAAAGCUCAUGAAAAACUAAAUAACUAUGACACCCAUCAACCAGAUGCAAUUGCCGUUAAAAAUCCUAUAAGUCCAUUUGUUUACUCUAGAAGAGGAUCAAUGUAUGUGGAUGAAGAUGGCGAUACUGCACAUGAAUUUUAUGUUGAAACAAAAGUAGGAUCAAAAGUAACACUGAAAAAAAUUGGUAAUCAACAUUUAAAACCGCAGGGUGAUGUACCUUUAGACGUGCCAUGUAUAAGGAACGAUUAUCCAGUGGUUCUUUUGGACCAAAGUUUUUCAAAGGAAUGAUUGGUGAAGUAAAAACACUAUCUAUCACAAUGAUUGUUCCUGUGAUAUUGUUCUUUCUCCGAUCUAAUAAAAACUUAUAUUUUAUACACAACUUAUAAUUUGCAUCCAUUGCAAU